AGCAUCCCAAAAUUAAGUCGUAUAUAAACUUGAUUGCAGUUUGCAACUGAUUCUCGGUCAUAAAUAUUACUGUUGAGUUGUUAAUUAGAUCCAGUUUUCGAUCUCUGAUAUUACGUGGGAGCGUAACAGUUGCCUUCAGCCAUGGGUAAAGAGAAGACUCACAUCAGCAUUGUGGUCAUUGGCCAUGUCGACUCUGGCAAGUUGACCACCACUGGCCACCUGAUCUACAAGCUUGGUGGUAUUGACAAGCGUGUGAUCGAGAGGUUCGAGAAAGAGGCUGCGGAGAUGAACAAGAGGUCAUUCAAGUACGCGUGGGUGCUUGACAAGCUUAAGGCUAAGCGUGAGAGAAGUAUCACAAUUGAUAUCGCCCUGUGGAAGUUUGAGACCACCAAGUACUACUGCACUGUCAUUGAUGCCCCUGUACACCGUGCCUUCAUCAAGAAUAUGAUCUCGGGUACUUCCCAGGCUGACUGUGCUGUUCUUAUCAUUGAGUCCACCACUGGUGGUUUUGAGGCUGGUAUCUCGAAGGAUGGCCAGACCUGUGAGCAUGCUCUCCUUGCUUUCACACUGGGAGUGAAGCAGAUGAUUUGCUGCUGCAACAAGGCCAAUUUUGGACACUAUUGCUUCCAUAUUCCACAAACUUUUCUGUGGGCGAUCUGCAAGACCUGAAGGCACAGGCCAGACACUGGAUGGAUCACAGUUCCCUCUGGUUGAGGCUCCAUUGAGGCAAACAGGAGGAGAGAAAGGGGUCAGAGGGCACUGGUGCAGAGACUGGCAGAGAAGCUGGCCACGGUCAGGAAUGCGGAGGGCACGCCUCCGCCGAAGCAGCAGUGGGAGGACGCGAAGGAUGAUGCUUCUGAUAAAGUCUGAACACUGCAGAGUUGCAAUUUACACAAGGUCAGUUACCACACAUCAACAUUUAAUUUGUUUGCUAUAUUAGAAAUAUUUUUCACUAUAGUGAAUGCCAGAAGCAUAUGACAUAGUAUAAUAUGUUAUAU